CUUGACUUCAUUGCUUGUGGUUACUCCUCUCGACCUGUCAGUUUCAUGGACAAACGCAAAUUUCUUUUCAGAAAUUGAAGGUGACAUUUACUAAUAGGAGUGAAAGAAACAAGACAUAAGACAAAAGCAAUUAAAGCUGGUGACUGCGAACUAGGCCUUGCUUACCACACUGGAGGAGAUCGCCAUUGCUUGUUGCAGGCAGAAACCCCUACCCCUAUUUUCUAUUGGUUUCAGCUUAAUAUCCUAUGAAACGACCUGUAUCUUCCUUUCUGCUAUGGACUUCAAUCAAUGGAAGUUAACAAAACAAAGCAAUAAAAGAAGUUUUUGAUCAGCUGCGAUGCAAGCAAUAAAGCAAAAAGCUUUUUUGCUACCUUUGCUUAAAAAGUACAUUGUUUUCUUUCUUUCCAGGCAUGGGAAGGUGUUCAAAACACACAUAUUGGGAACACCCAUAAUUGUUUCCACUGAUCCCGACGUGAACAAGGUGGUCUUACAGAACCAUGGCAACAUUUUUAUUCCUGCUUAUCCCAAAUCUAUCCGAGAGUUACUUGGCGAACAUUCCAUACUUCAAAUGAAUGGUAAUCUUCAGAAGAGAGUUCAUUCACUCAUUGGAGGUUUCCUGAGAUCGCCUCAGCUCAAAUCCCGUACUACAAGACACAUUGAAAACUCUGUCAAACUAACUUUAGGCUCUUGGCAGGACAUGCAACUGAUACAUGUUCAAGAAGAAACCAAAAAGAUUACAUUCGAAGUCUUGGUAAAAGUUUUGAUGAGUGUUGGUCCUGGUGAAGAUUUGAACUUUCUGAAGAGAGAAUUUGAAGAAUUCAUCAAAGGUUUAAUUUGCUUACCUAUCAAAUUUCCGGGAACAAGAUUAUAUAAAUCUCUGAAGGCAAAAGAAAGGUUACUGAAAAUGGUGAAGAAGAUUGUAGAGGAGAGAAAAUUGGCUAUGGAGAAAACAGACGAAAAGGGUAUGGCCAAUGAUGCAGUGGACGUGCUGUUACGUGACAGUGAAGAAGCAAACGAGAAACAAUCUGUGCCGUUGGAUUUCAUCUGUGGGAACAUAAUAGAGAUGAUGAUCCCUGGAGAAGAGACGGUUCCCAUGGCAAUGACCCUAGCUGUCAAAUUCCUCAGUGUCUGCCCUGUUGCCCUCCACCAGUUGAUGGAGGAGAACAUGGAACUAAAGAAGCAAAAGAUGAAUUCCCCUGAGGACUAUAGUUGGACUGAUUACUUGUCUUUGCCUUUCACUCAAAAUGUGAUAAGUGAAACUCUCAGGCUGGCAAAUAUCAUCAAUGGAGUUUGGAGGAAAGCACUCAAAGAUGUAGAUAUCAAGGGUCAUUUAAUACCACAGGGAUGGUGUGUCCUGGCAUCUUUUAUUUCUGUUCAUAUGGAUGAGGACAAUUAUGAAAACCCGUAUCGUUUUGAUCCAUGGAGAUGGGAGAAACUUGCAGCUGCUGUUAACAACAAUAGCUUUACACCAUUUGGAGGUGGGCAGAGGCUUUGCCCUGGUCUAGAACUAUCAAGGCUUGAAAUUUCCAUCUUCCUUCACCAUCUCAUCACCAGUUACAGAUGGGUUGCUCAAGAGGAUGACAUUAUCUACUUUCCAACAGUUAAGAUGAAGAGGAAGCUGCCUAUCAGAGUCAUCCCCUUAUGCAACUACCGGUAGUUUGGCCCAUCCUGGAAAGUCUGUACAAAAAUAUCUAAAAAAUAUUUUUCAGUCUCAUUUGCAUAGAAAUAACCGGACAGAAACUUUGGAAGUUUUACCCCACCAAAAGAUAGCCAUUGGGAUUGGAAUUUGUACAGCUGCAAUGAUCUUUAAGAAAUGGAUGGGACUGUGUAUUAUGGUGUUAGUUCCCAUGUCACCAUCUUUUUUUUCGUUGCAGUAGAGGUCCUUGGGCCCUUUUUGGUCUUUCAAUAUUGAUUGCAAGUGGGGAUGAUAUAAUCUAAUUCUCAUGUCUAAAGCUUCAAUGGAUUUUUUUUUUUUUGGAGUUGAUAAUAGCA